AACACAUCGAGGCGAGUUAGUCCGCAACUCCAAGGCAUUUUUACUCGUAUUUCGUGCCUUAAAAUCCCGAAAAAUCCCAAAAAUAUUCCCUAAAAUUCACGUAAAUCGUGUUAGUGUUGUGAAAAAAAUCAAAAUCUGUAAAAAUUCGUUGAAAAAUCGAAAAACAAGAAAUGUCUGAAGCAAUUUAAUUAACUUCUUCUUGUUGGAUAUACUACACGUCGUGCAUGGUAACAAUCACAUCGUAGGUAACAAAUUACUUCCUGAAAAAAUCGAAAAAAAGAUGAAAUCAAGAGUCGAAGAAGCAACAAAUCCAUCCAAAAGCACGAGAAUGUUCAAAAAAUUCGGACAUGGUAUCGUACUGACGCCCCGAAAUUUGUCCGCCGCCCCAAAAGAAGAUGAAGUGAAUCACUACAACUUGUCGACGGGCGUCGUAACGACACAUCCAUCCACGUACCACGCGGCAUCUUCGCUGAAAACGACACCACCGAUCAUUCCAGACACCCUCAAGCCCGAUACGCCAUCAAAACUGCGCCAAUUGCUGCCCAUUCUGCUAUGCGUCAUCUCCUUCGCCACCGUCAUGAGCAUUCUCAUUGUCUACAUCGACACGACAGAGAUCCGACACCAGCAAUUCCGAUUAAACAUGACACGGGACUACGAUCUGCUGGGUGUGCAACAAGAUAACCCCUCGCUCAUUGCGUACAUCCGUGAAGUGCAUAUGAAAAAGUACCCGAACAUGGUGACGAAUUUCCUUGCCACUUCGGGGCCUGCAGAGCAUUUGAACUUUACGAAUUCGCAUGAACUCACGCCGAAACUGGCGAGCGAUAUUGCGUCAUUAGUCGGAAAUAAGCAAAAAGGAGUUUUCUUUCAAUCACUCACCGGAUCGAGUGGACCGAUGAUGACAGCGCCAUGGCUUGCCGAGACACUCGGAUGGACCGGAUAUAUCGUCGAGCCAGAUCCACGGAAGUAUUUUGCGUUGCGCAAAGAUAAUGCGAGACGAAACGGCGUGCAAGUCAUCCAUGCGUGUCUCAGUCCUACCGGAUAUCCCAAAGAGGUAACGUUGCAUCAUGAGGACUUGAAUGACGUUAAAAUUACGAGUGUAACGGAUGAGGAGGAUUGGUUCCAUUCUCGUGUCAAAUGUUUCCCGCUCUAUACGCUGCUGCUUGCCGUGAAUCACACACAAAUUGAUGUCUUGAGUCUCGGGUGUCAAGGACAGGAAUUGGAGAUUCUCCAAACAAUUCCAUGGAACAAAGUACAAAUCAACGUAAUUUCCCUGCAUCUCAGUCACAACUUUGAUCACUUCGAGAUGGAAACGGCCUUUUACACCAAGCGACUGAUCAACUUUAUGCGUAGCCGUUUCUACAAACUGGCAACGCAAGUAUCCCACAAUCUCAUUUUCACGAAAAUUGGUUCCGCGCGGAAUCUGUAAUAUUAAUUUAGCGUAAUUCGAGUAAUUUAUUAGGUCAUUAAGGUCAAAACUCAAUUAUGUGUGAAUGGAAUUGUCAUUCACACAUUUAUACAUAUAUAUUUUUUUAUUACGAGACAUUUAUCGGGCGUAUGUCUGUUUCGCGUCAUUAUCGUCUUCGCAUGUGAAAACUUAAAGUUUUCAUCGCAAAAAAAAAAAACUAUUCGUGUAUGAAUGAUGAAUGAAUGUUUGAGAUUUUUUUUUUGUUUGAAUGUAAUUUUCAAAAAGUUUUAAAAAGUUAACUUUAUGUUUUGUGGUAUUUUUUGUUAUAAUACAAAGGAAGUAUUGCUCCUCAUCAUUUGUACACAAAAAACGAAAAAAAAAUCAUUAUUGCUCAUAUUUUUUUGAAAACUUUUUUUUUUUGCUAAAAUAUUAUUAAGAAGAAAAAAGUUUCCAAUUUUUGUAAUUAUUGAGAAAAAAUCAACAAAUUUUCGUAUAAAAUACUGUAAAUGCUAAA